GCAGCCUGAGCAGCACCAGCACCCACAGCAAAAAAAAAAAAUGUGCAGGAUAGAAGCUGUGAAGACCCAAAGACAGCAGUGACAGAAGGAGCCAAGGAAACCCGAAGGAAGCCAAAAAGACCUGAAGACGAGCAGGACACUUAAAGACACAGUGGGACAUUUCACAAUGGGCUACCUUUUCCAGAAUGUGGUACCUAAUUGAUGCCAGAAUGCAGCCUCCUGGGAAGGUCGCCUCAUUGUGUGCUGUGCACCUCAAGGGGAAACACAAGCCCAUGUACCAUGCCCUGAGUGACUGCGGGGACCAUGUGGUGGUGGUGAAUACCAGGCAUAUUGCUUUCUCUGGCAAUAAAUGGGAGCAGAAAGUGUACUCUUCUCACUCGGGUUAUGCCGGAGGGUUUCAGCAAGUGACGGCAGCGCAGCUUCACCAGAGGGACCCCACAGCCAUUAUGAAACUUGCUGUAUACGGAAUGUUACCCAAAAACCUCCACAGAAGGACAAUGAUGCAGAGAUUGCACCUCUUCCCAGAAGAUGACAUUCCGGAAGAAAUCAUGAAGAAUCUUUUUGCCGAGAUCCCACAGCCAAGGAAGGUGCCAAGGAGGCUGGAUGAAUUUUCGGGAGAAGAAAUCAAUGCUUUCCCGAAGCUCUGGAUUCCGCCCCCAGACUUCAUCAUGAAAUGAUCGGGAGGAUUUCUUUGCCCUUCUAUUUCCUUAGCUCUUUUUUUUUUUUUUUUUUUUACACGGUGAAGUAAAAUAAAUGUAAUGUUUAAUACUAAAAACAAUGGAUGACAGUAAAGAAAGUGUUCAUUUGAA